GAGUUCUACUCAUUUUAAGCUCACACCUCGUUCUUGCUUCCAUCUGCAGGAUCAGAGAGCACUGACGCCAUGUUGAAGCUGACCCAUUCCUCCAAAGCUUUGCCACUGUAAAAGAGACAGAAGCUAUUGGGUGGGAAAAGGCAGAAAGAUUCAAGUCUAGAGGCAGCAAAGAAAGCCUCUUAUUUCCUGAUAUCAAGAAGAAUCGAUGAUGAGCAGUAAAAGACUGUACUUUUUAUUCCAUUUGCUGCUUUCUUCAAGAAUCUGAUUCCGUGUGAAGAUAAAGCUCAAGAUUCAUAAAGGCUUGAACACACACAACUCCUCUGAGCUUAUACGUCCGGAGAAGGAGCGUAGAAUGGAUAACCAGCCGCCACACUCGUAUCCACAAGCCCCCUUCCAUCACCUCCUCCAGCAGCAGCACCAACAGCUCCAGAUGUUCUGGAACUACCAGCGGCAGGAGAUCGAGCACGCCACCGACUUCAAGAACCACCAGCUCCCCCUGGCGCGCAUCAAGAAGAUCAUGAAGGCCGACGAGGACGUCCGCAUGAUAUCAGCGGAGGCCCCGAUACUCUUCGCCAAGGCCUGCGAGCUCUUCAUCCUCGAGCUGACGAUCCGCUCGUGGCUCCACGCGGAGGAGAACAAGCGCCGGACCCUGCAGAAGAACGACAUCGCCGCGGCCAUCUCGAGGACCGACAUAUUUGAUUUCCUCGUCGACAUUGUGCCGAGGGAGGAGAUAAAGGAGGAGGCGCUGGGACUGGUAGGAGGAAGCGGCGAGGGUGGCGCGACCGCCGGCGUGCCGUACUACUACCCUCCGGUGGGACAGCCGGGGCCAGGAGUGAUUAUGGGACAGCCUGCGGUGGCCGGAAUAGAUCCGGCGAUCUACGUUCAGCAACCGGCGCAGGCUUGGCAGCCACUGUGGCACCAGGGGCUGCCGGAGGACGGCAACGGUCAUGGGUUGGAUGGCUCAGGAUAUGCUGCUGCUCCACCACCACCACCCCCGGCGCCGCCCAGUUCCUAGCGAGGAAGAAACAUACACACAUGUCGCUUCUCUUCCAUGUUUUUGUUGCUUCAUUGCUCAUGUCCGUUGAUUAAGAUUUUAUGUCAUGCUCAUGUAUAUUCGUUCUCUCUAUAUCGCUUGCAUGAUUUACCGAAA